AACUGAAGCUUUAAGUUCUGACCUUUCAGGAAUUGGCCGUCGAGUAACGCGUGAAAAGCCGCUCGGAACAGGGGAAAUCGUAAUGACCCAGUCAUGUCAGUGUUGAAGCAGAUGAGGACUCUCUCACCACUGUCCAUCAUUCUCCUUGGAGAAAAACAGUCAGGAAGGAGCUCAGCUGGAAACACCAUUCUGGGCCGAUCAGAAUUCCAGGUUGAUGGAACCUUAGAGCCAUUAACAGUGGGAUCAGGAGAUGUCGAGAGCAGAGGAGUGACUGUAGUGAACACCACUGGUUGGAAGCCAGGGUGUCACCCAAAGGUGCCACUCCGAAUUUUGGACAGAGCAUGUGGACAUGUGUCUUGCGCUACAGGCCAGGGCCCUCAUGCCCUUCUGCUGACAAUUCCCAUCUACUUUAAGAUGAGCUGGAAUAAGAAGGUUGCAAAAAGGCUGCUGAAGCUGUUUGAUGACAACAUAUGGAGACACACCAUAGUUCUGUUUACCAAAGCAGACCAGUUAGGUUUGAUGAGCUUGGAGAGAUACCUGGAAGGUAGUGGGAGGCCCCUCCAGGCCCUGGUGGAAAAGUGUGAGCGGAGGUACCAUGCCCUCAACAACCAAACAAUUGACAACCGCAAGCAGGUCAUUGAGCUACUGGACAAGAUUGAUCAAACGGUUGCAGAAAAUGGUGGAAAGACUUUCCAGUUGAUUGAUAGCAGUUGGGAAGAGAAAGCCAUGGUAGAUCAUCAGACAGAAGCCCCUAAAAUGAAUGUGCUGGAAGAACAGCUGAAAGAGAUGAUGGAAAAACAGGCAAAGCUGGAGGAGGAGCUACAUGAAUGGAGGGAGAGAGGAAGGCCAGAGAAAUGCAUGGUCAAAUCACUGAGACAAGAGGAGGAAUACCCAGAAUUUUUACCUAAGCAAAAUAAUCUCCAGUGCAAUCAGCCUUUACAAAAUUUACCUGGCUUUUGCUCAGAGGACAGAGCAGAAAUACCAAAUCUGUACAGUGAACCGAGUGUACAAGAAGCAGAGUUUGAGGAGGAAAAGGUCACAACAACUGACUGUAACUUUUCUAGCAAUGAAGAAAUGUCUUCUGAUGGCUUAGUGAUAAGAACAUAUGAGGAAUGUAAUGCUGAAUUUGGGGCUGACAUAUCACAAAUAAACAGUAAGGAAAUGCAAAACUAUGAUUCUGUACAGCAGAAAGAGCAUGUAAAAGAAUAUAAGUGGUCUGAGAAGGAGCCCACUGUCAAUCAAGCAUGUGAGGAUAAAGUGGGAAGCCAUGAAUGGGUGGGCCAUGCCUCAAACAGAAAUCUAUCCAUGAGCAGCAAUGAUGAAGAAAAACUGCAAAUGCAAAAUGAAAGUGAUUCAAAUAACACAAACACUACUGAAGGGCUCAAUGUGAUGGAGCAACCUAAUCUGCAGAUGUCUGACCUGCAAAAUGGUGGUCAGAAUGCUGACCCAGAAGACAAGGACUGUCCUGAUGCCAUCAAAACAGAGAGGCCGAUUGAUGCGUUCAAAGAAGAGCAGAUAGCAAACAAGACAGACUGCAGUGGUGCGCCAAUGAAGGAUGCUUAUGAGGUUGUCUUGGAUGGAGCUGCCCAGGAGGCAGAACAGGUGAAAAAUGAGGAAAACAACCAGCUGCAGCCAUAUGCUGUGUUGAACACUCCUCAAAAUUGGGGCCACCCAAGGAAUGGGACAAAGAGUUUCAUUGCCUUUUACAGUCAAAUCAACAGCCAUCAACAAGGUGCAGUCAGGAUUGAUGUUCUUCGGGUUUUUAUCUGCUGGAAAAACCUGAAUCCACCUUUUCAAACAGCAUCAAUUUCUUUCAUCUUAUGCUGUGUCAGCAUAAACAAGAGCCUGAAGAGAAUUCUACUGUCAAAACAGCCAAAGACAGUUGGUAAAAAUGAGGACUCAUUGGUGUUUCCUAUGGAACAGCAACUACCAGCCAAAGAAAGGCAUCAGUGGCAGCAUCAGAAAGACUUAGUACUGCUGGAUGGUGGUGACUGGACUGGGGAUUUGGAUGGAGAGAUGCGCCAACCUAGCAAGACAGAAGAUGAUGAAGGGAUAACACAGCAUAACUUUAGAGUAGAUGAAAAGAUAUCCCAAUACAGAGAUUACAGCAAGAAGUUUAAUGAUGGGACAUCACAACACCACAGGAAGGAAAAUUAUGGAGAGACACCCAACCACAGCAAUAGGGGUAAAGAUGUAGAGAGACCCCACCACAGCAAUAAGGAUAAUGAUGUAGAAACACCCCAACGCAGCAUGAAGGAUAAUGAUGUAGAGACACCCCAACACAGCAAGAAGGAUAAUGAUGUAGAGACACCCCAAUGCAGCAGGAAGGGCAAAGAUGGAGGGAUAUCCCAACACAACAGAGAAUGCAAUGAAGGAGGGAAACCCCAACAUAGCAGAAAGGGUAAUGAUGAAGGAAUAACCAAACUUAGCAAGAAGAAGGAUGAAGGGAUAGUGAAGCAGAGCAAGAAGAAUAGUGAUAGAGAGUUACCCCAGCACAGCAGGAAGAUGAACAGUCCUACAGCAGCUAUGAAAGACAAGAGAACAGCUCGAAAAGAAAGAUGUCCACCUGCUUCAGAAGAGAGCACGUCCUCAUGGAACAAACUGAAUCAUCAAGGUGAACAGAAAUGUGAUAAACAAUUCUUUAUGAAAAGAGAAGAAUUUAGGAGAGAAAGAAAAGCCAGACGAAGUCAGAGUUUGGAUCGCAUCAUUAUGCUAAGCUGUCUCGGGGAAAAGAAUAUGAAAAAAGAGAGAAGCAUCAGAAAGAGCAGAAGAGCCAAGAGCCUAGAACGAUUUAUUGAGUUCAGCUGACUCCACCAGUAUGGGCAGCCCUGAUGAAGGAAGCUCAUCUGAUGGUUGGAUCUCAGUGUAUUUGGUGUGAAUGGCUGUGUUGUAAUAUAUUUUAUUUGCUACAGGCAAUGUUUCUUCAUUAUUUGUCUUUUUUAAGACUGAGUUUGAGAAGAAUUCUGUGAACAAACUCACUGCUUAUUUUUAAAAAUAUCACUUUGCUGACACCUACUGGCCAAAAAAAAACAAAACAAAACGGCACUGCAAUAUUUAUGUUGCUGCCAUCCUAUUGAUCAUAUUCACAUCUUAUUGAUCAUAUUAUGCAUAUCAUAUCAUAUAUUUAUCAUAUCCUAUAUAUCAAAUUUGCAUUCACAUAUCUAGUAUAAUAGUAUUAUUAGUAUUAUAUUAGUAUUAUAUGGUAUUAUUGUCUUAUACUUUUAUCAUUUUAAUAGAAUUUUCUGCAAUACACUGUGUUAGAUUUUAGCUUUGGGAAGUGGGCAUGAAUAGUCUAAUAGAAAACCAUGAGGUGACUCGAGAAUAAAAAGCAAUUUUAAAGUUUUAUUGUAUAGAAGCUCCAAUAAAACCACUUUUUUCAUUUC